CCGCCCCGCCUCGCCCCGGCCCGGCCCCUCCCCGCUGCGGGCGGUGUGGCGGAGGCGGGACCCUCGCCGCUGGUUAUCUGACCCCUCGCCGCAGUACCCGGUCUCUCUCUCUCUCUCUCGCCUUCUCUGCAUCCCCGAUCGGUUUCUCUGACCCCCCUCUUCCCUUUCCCCCCCUGUCCCCCCGCCAUGCCGAACAUCGUGCUGUUCAGCGGCAGCUCCCACCACGACCUGUCCCAGCGGGUGGCGGACCGGCUCGGGCUGGAGCUGGGCAAGGUGGUCACCAAGAAGUUUAGCAACCAGGAGACCAGUGUAGAGAUUGGUGAAAGUGUGAGAGGAGAAGAUGUGUAUAUCAUCCAGAGUGGCUGUGGAGAAAUAAAUGACAACUUAAUGGAACUGCUCAUCAUGAUCAAUGCUUGCAAGAUUGCAUCAUCCUCCAGAGUGACUGCUGUAAUUCCAUGUUUUCCAUAUGCCAGGCAAGAUAAGAAAGACAAGAAGGGGUCCGCGGAGCGUUGGAGUCGUGCUCCAAUCUCUGCAAAACUUGUUGCCAACAUGCUGUCAGUUGCAGGGGCUGACCACAUCAUCACCAUGGACUUGCAUGCUUCUCAGAUCCAGGGUUUCUUCGAUAUUCCAGUAGAUAACCUGUAUGCAGAACCUGCAGUGCUGCAGUGGAUUAAAGAGAACAUUUUGGAGUGGAGAAACUGUAUCAUAGUCUCACCUGAUGCAGGUGGUGCAAAAAGGGUUACUUCAAUUGCUGACAGACUGAAUGUGGAAUUUGCUCUCAUUCAUAAGGAAAGAAAGAAGGCAAAUGAAGUGGACAGAAUGGUCUUGGUUGGUGAUGUGAAGGACAGAGUAGCAAUUCUUGUCGAUGAUAUGGCUGACACAUGUGGCACAAUAUGUCAUGCAGCAGAGAAGCUGGUAUCUGCUGGAGCUACUAAAGUUUAUGCCAUACUUACUCAUGGCAUCUUUUCUGGUCCUGCCAUUUCUCGAAUUAAUAAUGCAUCAUUUGAAGCUGUUGUGGUAACUAAUACAAUCCCCCAAGAAGAGAAAAUGAAACACUGCCCAAAAAUUCAGUUUAUUGACAUUUCCAUGAUCCUGGCUGAGGCAAUUAGAAGAACACACAAUGGUGAAUCUGUGUCCUACCUGUUCAGUCACGUCCCCUUGUAACUGCAGGAGAUUGCAUCUUUGCAAAGAUCCCUUCAGCUAGCACUGUUGUUUUUAACAAUGCCUCUCACCCACAAGAAAUUAGUAUCUUUGUACAAUUCUGGAGCUUGUAUGUUUAAUUAUUAUAUCUGUCUUGUAAUUAAAUUUUGUUCUUUGCAAAUGGGCAAUAAAUCUCCAUCUUGCAGGAAACUUGGAGUUUCCUUGAGAAUCUGGAAGUCUUAUGUGUUGCAUAACUUGUGUUUUAUGUGCCCAUUGUCACCCUCUGUUAAACUGCUGCUUCAGAUCUGUUUUUCUAAGCAGAGCUACAAACUGUUCAUAGAACUUAAGUGGAAGUAAGGCAUGUAAGAAUUUUUUGUGUUAAACUAAGUGCUUCAGGCUUGGGUAUCUCGUAUCUACUCACCUGUCAGACGAGCAGCUGUUGGUUUUUGUUUUAUGUUUAACUACCAUGAAUAGUAUUUUGUAAGCCCUACAGAAUGUAAACAUUUACAUUCCUUGUUAAUUUUUAGGAACUGUUGACACAUCCAUAGUAUUAGCUGUGUUUCAUACUCUUCUUGUUCUCUUUUUGACAAGAUACAUGUGGCUGCUGUUUUCUUUUGUAAAGCUCUUAUUUCAUUAAAUCGUUUGCUUAACAUCUAUUCUUUGCACUUACUGUCUUCAGCUGUAAGAUUAAUGUUCCAGUAUUCCUGGGAUGAUUUAUUUCAUAUGCUUCAAUAAUAAGGACCAAUAUUUAAUCAUGAACAGUUUGGUUUAAUUUUUUUUUCCUCAGAGGUUUUGAUCACAUGAAUUAUUUCAUAGCAGUUUUCCUUUUAAUACUGUAAAGCUUCACUAUGCACAGUCCAAACAGCAAAUUUAAAUUUAAAUUUAAACACAUUUAUACUUAUACAGACUGGUCUCUACCUACAUUUACUUGAUUUAAAAUUAUUUGGGGAGGCUUUUUUUCCAAACUGUUCAGUCAAUAGACCUUCAGGUUUCUAUUACAAAGAACUAGAGGACUUUGCUGCCAGUGAGCUAUGGUAGACCAUCUAGUCUGAAAUACUUAAUGAUUUUAAUUCUGUAAUGUUUAUUAAAAAGUUUUGCCUCUUGUAUGCUGAGAAAACUUAUGGACUGGUAAUACAGUCAGUAAUGGAUUCUUCAGGAAAAAUCAAACCUAAUAUUGCAAUUUUGGGUCUUUGAAUCCUUCUACAGUGUUUUCAGUGUUCCUGCUAGAAAGGAAGAGUGUGUCUAUUGAGAUAGUGUUCCUGCAUCUAGAUCAUGGAAAAACUCAUUUUCCUACCAGAAAAUGUGAUUGUUGAUUAUAGAAGCAUUUGCCCUGCUUGAGAUUCUCCUUUACUAAGAAGCUGCAUAAAAAAUAGCGUCAUUUUAUCCUACCUUGCUUAUUCUGAGAUAUAUUUAUAAUGAUAAAAUAUUGUAUUGUGCAAUUGAAUUUUCCAUUACAUUUAAGACAAUCUUCAGACAGACUUUUUUUAGUUUCUCUUAGAAUGAAUGUAUGUUGUCUCUAAUUUUUUUCAUUUAAUUUUCUCUUUCUUCUGUGGGUUUCUUUUUCCUACAUGAAAAUAAGUACAGCAUCUUUACCUGUAUUGUUUUCAGUUCUGAGUACAGAAAUAGGGUAUAUGUGGUACUGUGAUGAGAAUGCAAUUUAGAUAUUAGUUCUCAGAGGAAUUCCUCAUUAUGGCUGAAUUUUCAAAAAUACAUAAUGGGAAUGAAUUUACAUUAUUGUUUUCUGAGGUAAAGCAAUUUUCAAAAUGGAAGAAUAUUUAACCUAUUGUCUUAACUGCUAAAAAUGUUUUCAAGUUUGUAAUGCCAUUUCUGUGGGACUUAAUUAUACCAAAGUUUAGACUUUAAUUCUAUGCAAAAGGUAUGUAAUACAUUUAAUGCACAGUAUCAAUUAAUUAGCUUUUUAGAUCGUUGUUACGAAUAAAAUUAAGUUGUUUGC